UUGCAGUCAACAAGACCCGGCAGGACCAGGGCUCACGUGACCAACUCGUGAAUCACCAGGAGGAUGAUGUGGACCUGGAAGCCCUGGUGAACGAUAUGAACGCAUCCCUGGAUAGCAUGCAGCUGGACAUGGUGCCCCUCCUGCAGAAUGGUCAGCAUGCCCACAGCCAGCCUCGGGCCUCAGGUACUCAGUCUGUCCAGCCUCAGGCAUCCCCGAGGCAGAGGGUGCAGUGCUCCCAGCCUGUAUACAUCCUCGCUGUCAGGCACCUUCAGGAGGAAGAGCAGCAGUUUAGAACCUCGUCCCUACUGGCCAUCCCCAAUCCUUUUCCCAAACUCUGUGGUCCUGGGAGCCCCCCUGUGCUCACAAGGGCUUCUUUGCCUCUGAGCCAGGCUGCCGCAAAGCAGGAUGUUAAAGUCUUUAGUGAAGAUGGGAUGAGCCAAGUGGUGGAGAUUCUAGCAGACAUGACAGCCAGGGACCUGUGCCAGUUGCUGGUUUACAAAAGUCACUAUGUGGAUGACAACAGCUGGACACUAGUGGAGCACCACCCGCACCUAGGAUUGGAGAGGAGGUGUUUGGAAGACCAUGAACUGGUGGUCCAGGUGGAGAGUACCAUGGCCAGUGAGAGUAAAUUUCUAUUCAGGAAAAAUUAUGCAAAACGGUUCUUUAAAAAUCCAAUGAAUUUCUUCCCAGAACAGACGGUUACUUGGUGCCAGCAGUCAAAUGGCAGUCAAAGCCAGCUUUUGCAGAAUUUUCUGAACUCCAGUAGCUGUCCUGAAAGUCAAGGAUUUUUGCAUGUGAAAGAGCUGGGAAAGAAAUCAUGGAAAAAGCUAUAUGUAUGUUUAUGGAGAUCUGGCCUUUAUUGCUUCACAAAGGGAACUUCAAAGGAACCCAGUCACCUGCAGCUGCUGGCAGACCUGGAGGACCGCAACAUCUUCUCCUUGAUCGCUGGCAGGAAGCAGUACAGCGCCCCCACAGACCACGGGCUCUGCAUAAAGCAAGUCAGGAAUGAAACUAAAGAGCUGAGGUUGCUCUGUGCAGAGGAUGAGCAAAGCAGGGCAUGCUGGAUGACGGCGUUCAGACUCCUCAAGUAUGGAAUGCUCCUUUACCAGAACUACCGAAUCCCUCAGCAGAGGAAGGCCUUGCUGUCCCCAUUCUCAACGCCACUGCGCAGUGUCUCCGAGAUCUCCCUCGUGGCGAUGGAUUUUUCUGGGCCAACAGGAGGCGUGAUAGAGAAUCCGGCGGAGGCCCAGAGUGCAGACCCAGAAGCAGGCCACGCCUGGCAGAAGCGAAGCACAUGGCUGAACAUUCUAGGUAGCCAAAGUCCCCUCCACCCUUCUACCCUAAGUACAGUGAUUCACAGGACACAGCACUGGUUUCACGGGAGGAUCUCCAGGGAGGAAUCCCACAGGAUCAUUAAACAGCAAGGGCUCGUGGACGGGCUUUUUCUCCUCCGUGACAGCCAGAGUAAUCCAAAGGCAUUUGUACUCACACUGUGUCAUCACCAGAAAAUUAAAAAUUUCCAGAUCUUACCUUGCGAGGACAACGGGCAGAUGUUCUUCAGCCUAGAUGACGCGAACACCAAAUUCUCUGACCCGAUCCAGCCGGUCGACUUCUACCAGCUGAACAAAGGAGCCCUGCCUUGCAAACUCAAGCACCACUGCAUCCGAGUGGCCUUAUGACUGCAGACGUCCUCUCGGCUGAAGCCUGGAGGAACUGAACACUGGAGCGAAGAAGCGGUCUGUGAGUUAGUUAAGAUCACACGUCGAUUCUGCACCUGGGGACCCAGAGCGAGAUGGGUUCAUUCGGUGCCAGCCGACCAAGAUUGACUAGUUUGUUGGACUUAAACGACGAUUUGCUGCUGUGAAUGCAGCAGAAUCGCCUCCCUCUGCAUUGG